CGAGAAGGGAGCUGGGGAGCCGCGUGGGCCCUUUGGCUCCGCCCUCCUCGGGGCGGCUCCGUGGGUGGGGGCCGCGGAGACCUGGAACCCAAUCUAGCCCCAGCCAGAGCCCGAGUGCCGGGAGCCCGGGAGAGCAGCGGAGGUCGGCCGACAGCCAGGUACAGGAGGCUGAGGCCCCCUCAAUCUUGAGCGACUAUGUCAAACCCCAGCGCUCCACCUCCGUAUGAAGACAGAAACCCCCUUUAUCCUCCUCCUCCACCAGGGGGAGGUUACCCUGGGGGAGGUUACCCUGGGGGUUACCCAGCCUACCCCCAGCCAGGCUUUGGACACCCAGCUGGAUAUCCUCAGCCUAUGCCUCCCAUCCAUCCAAUGCCCAUGAACUUUGGAAGAGCUGAAGCCUAUGGGGGAGAGGAACCAGCAGUGAGCGACAACUUUGGGGCUGGAGAAUGGGAGGACAAGAAGGUUCGACACCGCUUCAUCCAGAAGGUUUAUGCCAUCAUCUCUGUCCAGUUGCUCAUCACAGUCGCCAUCAUUGCUAUUUUCACCUUUGUGGAUCCUGUUCGAGGCUUUGUGAGGAGGAAUUUGGCUGUCUACUAUGCUUCCUAUGCUGUCUUCCUGGCUACAUACCUGACCCUUGUCUGCUGUCAGGCACCCAGGCGCCGUUUCCCAUGGAACAUCAUCUUGUUGACCAUCUUUACCCUAGCAAUGAGCUUCAUGACUGGCUGCAUAGCCAGUAUGCAUAACACUAAAGCGGUCAUCCUGGCCAUGAUUAUCACUGCCAUCGUCACCAUAGCUGUCACCAUAUUCUGCUUCCAGACCAAGGUGGACUUCACAUCAUGUGCAGGGCUCUUCUGUGUGCUUGGGAUUGUGUUGACAGUGACUGGGAUUAUCACCGCUAUUGUGCUGGCUUUCAAAUAUGUAUACUGGCUCCAUAUGUUGUACGCUGCCCUCGGGGCUAUUGCUUUUACUCUGUUUUUGGCAUAUGACACACAGCUGGUCUUGGGGAACAGGAAGCAUACCAUCAGCCCAGAGGAAUAUAUCACUGGUGCCCUGCAAAUCUACACAGACAUCGUCUACAUCUUCACCUUUGUGCUGCAGCUUCUGGGGGAUCACAAUUAAGGGGGGCACCUCCCUUCUUGCCCAUGCUCCUUCUUUCCUUUAUUUCUGGGUUGGCCAGUCAUUGCCAUGGCCCUUUUCUCUCAGCAACUUCCCCAGGAAAGGUUUCACUUGUUACUUGUGAGAUCUGGUGGGAGCAGUCCUGUCUGGGGCUUGUCUGUAGGGAGGAUCAUGCUGGACUGGAGAAGCCAGUGAGCGACUUACUCUCUUCUGACUCGCCCAAGGCUGAAUUCAAGGUUUCUUCUCCUUUUUGUCAAUACUGCCCCGUCACAGGGGCGUGUGAUGAGAUCACUGUCUCAGUAACUAAAGGGAAACAAGGUGCAGGGAUGAUUUUAAGGAAAUGUGAUGUCCAUUCUCUUCAGGGGAUUCCAUUCUGAGCUGCUAUCUAUAAUGCCCUCCCUCUCUGGCGUUUUCCCCUAUGGGAUUGGAGAAUGGGGUCAGUGCCUACUUUCUCUCUCUCUUGCACUAGGCUCCCCAAAUCCUGUCUUCUUCUUAGUCUUCCCCUCACCCCCAUCACCCAAAUAGUCCUUCCCCCUAACCCUUUGUACAGACACGAUCCACUGAUGUGUAUAUAUUGUUUAGUGGGGGUUGGGCACAAUAUAUAACAGUGCCCAGCCCUGGCCCACCUACCUUAAACCCUGACCUCUACCUGAGGCCAGAGGGCUAACCUCAAGUCUCUACCCAUCUCCAUCUGGCUCCUUCCCACAACCCCAGUCCUGGAAUUGCUUCCAGAUGGGUGUUUGGUUAAUGAGAGUGGGGGGUAGUUUCUUCUCUGAUCUUCAUCUCUGGCAUCCUAGACUUGCAGCAAAGGGAUGUAUAGUAUAAUUGAGAAUGGGUUGAUAGCCUGACAGGUGCACCCCCACUUUUGAUAUCUCUCUUGGGGCUCUUGGAGAGGUGGGGCCAAUGACCCAAAUGUAGGCAGAUUGUGGAGCUGGCAGGGAUAUGGAGCUGGGGUUGAAAGAUGCUCUCCAGUUCGUUCUCUCGGCCCUGCUGCUGCUUAACCUCUUCUUUACCUAGAGCAUUCCAGGAGUUUUUUGCCUUAGGCCUCUUCUCACGGAAUUUUAAGCCUAAAAGAGACCCUUCUGCUAUUCUAAGCCCUCCAUUGCACAGAUGAAAGAACUGAGGCCCAGAGAUUAAAGGGUUUGCUCUAGAUUUCACCGAGGCGUAGAGCUACCACUAGAAUCUGGGUUUUUUCAUACUAUCCUUUAGUCCUGGGGUAGCUGUUGGGAGUGGAAGCUACAGCCCCCAUUGCUCUCCUUCCCUCAGGAUGGUUAAGGUUGAAUCCCCCAUCAGGACCUCCCUUCUCUGCUCUACCAGCAGGAAACUAUUGGCUAAUCUUUUAACACCAAGUGCCUUAUGAGGGAGGUAGGGACUUGAGGAACAGUGUUCUUGACUUAGGCCCAGCACAAGGGUCAAAAAAGGGCUUCUGUAUAUGAUCAUUCUGGAGUUUUGAGCACCACAGAGUUGUAACAGGAAGUUAACAAUAAAAUUCUAUGUUAGAAACUCAA